CCGCGGAGCUGUGACGUCUUUCUACAGCACGCAUGAUUCCUCCAGAUGGGAGAUGCGAGGUACUGUAUAUUAUGCUUUCAACUGAGGAAAAGGAAGGGAUUACACAAGGAAUCGACGACUACCAUCGCAUAUUUUGAUCCAUUAAAAUGUGCAAAAGGAUGCAGAAUGAAGAUAUGGACAAACAAAUGUAAGAGGGCGUCCUGCCCUCGAAAAAGACCGUGACAAGUUCAUGGCCGCCAACAAGAAGAAGAAAAUAAUGGUUCUUAAUGAGGAGGGGGCAGCUGCGCCCAUGGCACUGCGCUCGAUUGCCUCUCCCCCUGACCUAGUUGGUGCCCUAAAAACAGGGCAGGCAAGUCCAGUUGUAGCCAAUGAGGAAGCAAAUAUUGCAGCAACAUCCACUCCAGGCUCUGCAAUGGGUGUUGCUCUUACAUUGAACUCCACUGUCAUUUCUAAUAACCAACCAGAGAAUUUACCACCAGAGAGCACCCGCAGAGGUAUCAAGGUGAUGUUGGACAGCAACAACAUGUGGAAUGAGUUCUUCAGAUGCAAAACCGAGAUGAUACUAACCAAACAAGGCCGGAGAAUGUUCCCUUAUUGCCGCUUUCGCAUCUCUGGUUUGGAUCCCUUCCAGAAGUACAAUCUGCUCAUGGAUAUCAACCCAAUGGACAACAAACGUUACAAGUGGACUGGGCAAAACUGGCAAAUGAGUGGAAAGGCAGAAGCCCAUAUGCGGAGACGGAUCUUCAUCCACCCAGACUCUCCAUCUUCUGGUCACCAAUGGAUGCAGAACCCAGUUUCAUUCUACAAGCUUAAGCUCACUGACAACACCAUGGACCAAGAGGGUAAUGUCAUUUUGCACCCAAUGCACCGGUACUUACCGCACCUCCAUGUGGUCUCAGCUGAAAUGGCUAUGGAGGAUAUUCAGCUCAAUGGGCAUGACGUAAUAACCUUCACCUUUCCCCAGACUGAGUUCUUUGCUGUAACAGCCUACCAGAACUUACGCAUGUCUCAGUUUAAAGCAGACUUCAACCCUUUUGCAAGUGGACCCUCUUGGGCUCUAAAGCUGAAAACGAGUACCUCCAAUGAUUCGAAGAAGAAUGAAACCAGCUCUCCCAAUGAACUCAAGCCUGUGAAAGGAUUGAAUGGCCUGAAAUCUUUGAUGGCGGCAAAACACAGCUCUAAAGACACUUCAGCAGUAGAUAAAGGACUCCCCAGCGCGGAUGCUCAAAAUGUUACACCUACAGGCAGUGAAACCAGAUCUCCCAGUGAGCUCAAGCCUGUGAAAGGCCUCAGUGGCCUGAAGGCUUUGAUGGCAAAACGCAACUCUAAAGACACUUCAGCAGUAGAUCAAGGACUCCUCAAUCCAAAUGCUCAAAAUGUCACCCUUACAUUUGGUGACAAAUCUGAAGUCAACAGUCAUCGACCCAGCUCCAUGCUGAAAUCAAGUCCCUCCAAUGAGAUGAAGAAAGACCCCAGCAAAUCUCCCAAUGAGCUCAAGUCUGCGAAAAGCCUGAAUAACCUGAAGUCUUUGAUGGGGAAACGCACUUCUAAAGAUACUUCUGCAGCAGGUCAAGGACUUUUCACUUCCGAUACUCAAAAUGUUAUGCUUGCAGAAAGUGACAAGUCCGGGGUCAAAAUAAGUCCCUCAAAUGAGUCGAAAAAAGACCACACCAGAUCUAACAAUGAACUCAAGUCUGUGAAAAGCCUGAAUAACCUGAAGUCUUUGAUGGCAAAACACAACUCUAAAGACACGUCCCCACUAGAUCAAAGAGUCCUCAGCGCAGAUACUCAAAAUGUUUCACUUGCUGACAGUGACAAGUCCUGGGUCAACGCUAUUGGGCCCAGCUCUUGCACUCCAAAGUUGAUAUCAAGUCCUUCCAAUGAGUUGAAAAAAGUAGAAACCAGAUCUCAGAAGGAAUUCAACCCUCUUAGAAGUAAUCUGAGGUCUUUGAUGGCAAAGCGCAACUUUAAAGACACUUCAGCGGUAGAUCAAGGACUCCUCCGCUCUCAUGCUCAAAAUGUUACACUUGGAGAAUCUGACAAGUCAAGUGUUAAUGAUCAUGUACCCAGCUCUUGCAAGAAAUCAAGUCCCUCCAAGAUGAAGAACGAUGAAACCAUAUCUCCCAAGGUGCGCAAGCCUGUGAAAAAUACCCGAAAGUCUUUGCGCGGAAAACGCAACUUCCCGAAGACUUCAGUAGCAGAUCAAGUACUCGCUAGCUCCGAUGCUCAAACUGCUACAGUUGCAGACAGUGAAAAGUCAGUCUGCAAGAAAGAGUCCACUGAUCAAAGUUCCUGUACAAUAGGUCCUCCCCAAAGUAACUUCACUGAGCUGAUUCGGGAGUGUCAUCUGAAAAUAAGAAGGUGCAAUGUGGAGAUAACCAAUACAGCUUGCAAUGUUGAGCAAACAGACACUAAGGGCAUGGUUACCAACAACAAAGUUGUGGAAGUAGCUGUGAAUUACAAUUUUUCCCAGAUUCCUGACGUGUUGUCGAAAACUAUUACAAAUGUGGGAACCCAGGAUAAUGGGAAUACGAUUGACAGUGAAAAGGACCACCUCAGUUCAUCUCAGUCCCAGGAACCUGUGAAGACCAAUGACCAUUCAGCAGAUGAAGUUGAAAGCAGUCGAAAGGCUUCCCAAAGCUCAGUGAGCUCUGAAGAAAAAAGGACAGGUUCUGAUCAACAGCAGCAGGGGAAGGCUAAACCACACAAACGACCUGAACCCGUGCCUUUGCCCCUGCUUGCACUCUACCUUCAACAGUUGAAGUCGAAAUCCAGACCUUUUAGGACCAAACCAAAAUCUCCUUUGUCUUCUACUUCAUCCCCAUCUUCUGCUGUUCUAACUACUGACCCUACUGGCCCAGUCACUGACCCUACUGGUCCAGCAAUGGUCCCCACUGGAUAUGCUGUUGUUCCAGCCAGUGAUUCUGUAGUUCGAGCCACUGACCCCACUGGGCAAACCACAGACUAUGCUGGUGUACCCACCAAUAUUUCAGUCCCAAACCCAGAUUUUUUGGACUCAUUGUUACCAGAACCUGACCCAGUAUCACUUACUACUGAUCAGUCGUUACUUGUCGAUGAACCUACCUUAUCCAUUACACUAUCAUCCCCCACUCCACCCCUCAUGUCGCCAUUCCCUGACCUAUUGUUACCAGCCUCCGACUCAUUAAUACCAGCCCCUGCCUUGUCAUCCCCAGCCCAAGAACUGCCAUCCCCUGUACCUGUCACAUUGAACCUAGCGGCUGAUCUAUCAUCACUUACCUCUGACCAUCCCUCAAAUGCCCCUGUGCUGUCAUCAACAGCUAGUGUUGCCACUUUGAAACCUGAGUGUACCCCAUUGUUACUAUCCCCUGGCCCUUCACUAGGUGGCUUUGAGCCAUCAUCACCUGCAUCAUUACCAGAUCUUGAACCCCCUUUACCUUCCCCUGUUCAAUUGAAACUGGUCCCAGCCCCAUCCUUACCUGUACCUGCCUCGUCAUUCCCAGUCCUUGAACAAUUACCGGCCCCGAACCUUUUUGUACUCUCCUCUGAACUUUCAUCACAUGCAUCACUGUUAGCACUACCUGCCCCUGAUCCUUUUUUAACAACACCCUUUAUCCCAUUGUUGCCUUCCGCUCACCUUAACCCAUUACCCUUUGAGGCAGCCUCAUUUUCAUCUAACUCUCACCCUGGCUCACUUGCUCUGGACCCUGGCUUAUCCUCACCUCCCCUGGACCCCGCCUCAUCAUUUCAAGUCAAUUAUGAACCAUUAACACGCCCUUCUACACCGUCUCCACUCCCAUUCCAGUUAUCUCCUUUUUCAUCGUUAGGUCCCGACCCAUUGUCACCAACCCCUUCACUUGCCGACCUCACUCACUUUUUCUCCAUCUCUGAUGAACUUGAGAUGACUGAAGACUUUCCAAGCAGUGAAGCGGCUCCUGUCCCAUGUCCUCAUGUCCCAACUUUAAUUACCCCUAGUGUACCAGUUGGUUCUACUCUACCAGUUGGUUCUAGUCAGCCAACCCAGAGCAUUAAACCCCAGAGAUCUAAGAAGAGAUCUAGGACAGGAGUGAAAUCUGCCAAGGGUGAUCCACUCCCAGUGAUUGGUGGACCCACAGAUGUCACCAUGCAGCCCAACCUGGAGGAAGUUGAGGAGCAGCUGUUCGUCUCUUUCACCUCCAAGGAAGCACUUGAAGUCCACCUAGGAGAGCCUGCAUUUCAUGAGACGACAACCGCACAACCGGAGAAAACCCCUGAGGCGAAAGAGAAUGUCGGAGGACCUGAAACCACAGAGGAAAGAAUAGCUGCUUUCGAGAAGGUUCUUUUGGACGAUUUGAAGGUUAUGAAGCAUCGGCAAGUCAUUCAUCCUGUGCUGCAAGAAGUUGGACUGAAGAUGAGUUUACUGGAUCCCACUCUGGUCAUCGACCUGCAAUACUUAGGUGUCCGUCUACCUCUACCACCACCCAUGCUAUGUCCAGGACCAAGCACUGCAGGAUUGGCAUCUCCAAGUGGUUCAGUUCCCUUUGUUUCCAGGACGGGCAAGACAACAGACUUCACCCAAAUCAAAGGCUGGAGAGAUAAGAUUGUCCCUUCAGACUCCUCAGCAUCCUCCAAGCCUGACGUAUGUAGCCCAAUAGGCUUUAAAGAUGGCCCAAGUUCAGAUGUGGUCCCGAAGAACCUGUCGGCCUUCUGCAGUGACAUGUUGGAUGAGUAUCUGGCUAACGAAGGCAAACUCAUCGACGAGCGGGCUGCCAGUUUCACCCAGACCACCGUCGUCACCCCUGUGACCUACCAGCUGCCCACCAAGAGCACCAGCUACGUCCGAACCCUGGAUAGUGUGCUGAAGAAACAGGCACCGGCACCUUCUACCACCUUUGUCCCCCCAUCUAAAAAAAACAGACUGCCCCUCGCAUCCAAAGGACCUAAAAAAUCGGAGAAAUCUGAAAAAAGGCAACAAAAACAACGCUCAAAGCAGAGCAGAACUAAACCAACUUCUGCGCCAACAGCAUUACAAAUUGCGCCACCGCCAUUGAUGGAUCACGCAGCCCCGGCCAUCACCCACAACGACACAAUUAAAACUGUGAAAAGGACUAAGAGGAAGCCGAGGGUCAAGACUCCUCCACCAGUCCAAGACUCUGUUGUGUCGAGGCCAGAGGUAGAAGAACCACCUCCCUCUGACCUGGCUCCUGUGGAGGGCGACUCCGAGCCAGAGUCUGCUGCUGCUGAGACCAGGGUUGUUGUUCCUGGGUUGACCAAGGCCUUGCUCAGACAGAGGGAUCUGGAGGACGGGGUUGUCUGGGAGGGCAAGCAUCGGACCUGUAUCACAGAGGACAGGGCAACGGUCGCACUCACCUCGCUCUUCACUUCAACGGGCUUUGUUUGUGAGAAUCCUACAGCUCCCAUUAAGAUUGUAAAGCGCAGUGCUCCUCCCUGCCUCAAUGCGUUCUGCCGGCUGGGCUGUGUGUGUGCCAGCCUGGCACAGGAACGUCGUAUUACCCACUGUGGAAAGAUUGAGUGUAUAUUUGGCUGCAGCUGCCUCAGGCAGAAAGUGGUUGUGCUCAAAAACUUAAAAGGACCAGAUUCCAGUGCGUCAGAAGAGGGCCCGUCCAAGAAGAGCAAGAAGAGAAAGCGGAUGAGGAUGGCAUAUACUCUGAGAGAGGCUGAGACAGUAUCAGAACCAGCUCGGCGUGUGAGAACUUUGUGGAAGCAGACUGAUGGAGAGAUGGACCCGGAGCCCCUCCUCGCCCCAACACCAGUCUAUCUUCCAUGGCUUCCAUUACAGGAAGCGUCUUCAGCAGUGGUAAGAGAGGAGGAAGGUACCAUGACAUGUGCCAGAGUGCGUACGUUUCAAAGCAAGAGCACAAACCGACCUGAGGACAUUGACAACCACUGCAAACCAAUAGAUUCCGCACCAGUGAGCCCUUCCAGGAAGUCAGAGAAGUCCCACGGUCCCCAGUACACGGAGCCCUCCAAGCGUCUGGAGAUCAUGUCUGAGUGUAAGUGGAAAAGCCUGGCGGACAGGAACUUGGUGCUGAGAAUUGUUUGUGAGCACAUGGCCCAGGACCACCUCACCAACCCCUUCUGGGUCAAAGGUUACCUCAUCAAACCCAUGUCUCAGACCCUGAGGAACAACGGCGAGAGCUGCUCUGUUCACUACAAGGUACAUAUCUCUCAGGUUUCGCGACCUGAUGGAGUGGAGGAGGCGAACAGUGAGGAGGAAUGGAUGAGAGAGGAAGAUGAAGAAACGAUGGAGGAAGAGGAGGGGAAGAUGGAGGAGCUGAGAGGGGAAGAUAAGGAGGUGGAGGAAGGACAAUGCGUGGAGGAGAAGCAAAGCGAGCAGGAGAACAACAAGGCUGUGGGGAAGAAAAGUUGUCUGAAAUGGAAGGGCCUGCCUUUCUUAAUAGGAAUUUCUCCUGCUGGCCUCCUUACUGCCAACCUAAAGCAGAAAGAAAUCUCAGACAAGGAACUUGUCACGGUGAAUGGCAGGUCCUACCCUCAUGCCAAGCUACAACUGGGCAUGAUGGGAGCCAUGCACCCAGCCAACCGACUUGCUGCUUACCUCACGGGCAAGUUACGGAGGCCUACCUGUCCAGAGCCGUCUAUGACGUCCUCCGUUUCAUCACAACACCCCCCCUCAGAAACCCCUGAAGAUGCAAGGUCCUCCACGGGACAACCGGCCCAGUUGACAGCCACUCCUACCCCCAGUCUUACCAUGGUUACCACCACCACCAGUGUUCCCUCUGUCGCUGCAGUUUCUGCAGGCCCCAAGUCCAUUGUGACUAAUCUGCCCUCAGCGGGAAAGGUCUUCACACAGUUUGUGGUCAACCAAAUCAGCUCCUCACAGCAGAGGCUGCUCCUCACUAGUGAUCCUCCACAGUCGUUGAGCAAUAUUCAGCAGCUUGCCUCUCUGGUAGAGGUAGCCUCAGGUGAUGUGUCUCUUCCAAAGACCGCCCCAAGCAGUGGAGUGGUUACUAGUCCCCCCGUGCUGGUGCUCCCUGACCCAGGGACCAGUAACUCUGUCAAAAUGGCGUGUCCUCCUACCUCCCAGACUCCGACACCUCUCAUCCCCCUGACCCCUCUCGCAGCAGGGCGGAGGAUGGUUCUGCAGCCGGUGCGGAGUGCCUCAGGGACCACCCUGUACCGGAACCCCAACGGACAGCUAAUCCAGCUGGUUCCCCUCAGCCAGCUGCAGGCCCUCAACCCCAACCUCGUCAUGCGCAACAAGGGGGGUUUGAUCAGCUUAACCACACCUGCGUGCUUGGCCUCGGGAUCGACAGCCACCCUUAACAGCUCCCCCUCCACCUCUCUCACCACAUUGCAAAACACCACCCCCCUUGUCCCUUUCACUGUCCCAAAGACUCCAGGCAGCACCACCGUCCCUAAAACCACGCCUCCCGAAGUCACUUACUCCAUACCAGGCUCCAAGUCUUUCAACAUCAGUAACGUUAAUCUCUCACCCACUGAGACAAAUAGCGGGACGUACACUUUGAAGAUUGUUCCUCAGACGGGUAACAAGGAGCCCAUCAUCAUCAAGUGUCCCAAGGUGCCAGCCCAGCCAGCCCAGGGCUCCUCCAAGGUCAUGCCUAUAGUAGGGGGCUUUACUGUGCUGCAGCCUUCACCGAAAACCACAGUAAUUACUGUCAAAUUCCCCACGAAGACUGUUAUGGAAUCAGGUGUCAAAACUGCCACCACCACCACAGUGGACUCCAAUGUAGACUGUAAGGUCACGCCUGAGCUGUAUAGUUGGAUGCUGCCCUGCCAGAAAAGCACAAAACCCCCUGUAAGCCACAAGUUUAAAUUUAUUAAAGCUGACACUAUCUCCACAACGGACUCCAAUACAGAUCCUAAGAUCCAACCUGAGGUGGGACGAGUGCCCCCCAAAAUCCUCAGACCCCCGGUUCCAAAGACAGAUGCAACUUCGACACCUAUCUCGUCAGCGGACUCCAAUGUAGACCCCAAGCUCCUUCCUAGGAUGACUUGUGUCAAUCAACCCCACCAGACCUGGACAGGACGACCGAAGAUGAAGAGGAGGAGGAGGAAGGAGGUUGAGGUUGUGGAUCUGGUGGAGGAUGAGGACGACUCUGACGACACGGACGAGGGGACGGAUGAGGAGACGGACAACUCAUCUGACGAGACGGAUUCAGUUAAUUCCUGUGUUAAUAAAGAGGAUCUCAUCGUCAUCAGUAAGCACAAACACAACGUGCUGGAGAGGCAUCGGCGCUCCGAGCUCCAGGGACGCUUCCAGCAGCUGAGAGAAACACUGGAACUUGACGAGAAAGCUGCUAAAAUUAAAAUCCUCAACGACGCCAAGGAGGAGAUCCAGGUCUUGACAAAGAAAAGCACCAACGUGGAGAAGCUGAGGAGUUCACUGACCCUGGAGAGAGCAGUUCACGUCAAGAAGAUGUCCCAGUUAACUGGAGAGUCUGAGGAACAGAUACUGACGAACAUCAAGCACAUCGGUUCCCAGCAGAAGAUCGAGAAGCUGCACGUCAACUGGAAGAAAGAAGGGAAAGUCUCCUCUGCUCUCUCGUCUUCCUCAGUUGUCUCCACCUGCGGUGAGUCUGAGCAGAGACCAAGGCCUGGUCCCCUCUCAAAGAGGACCACAGAAGAGGCUCAGGGGGGUAAGCGCAUGGGAGGAGUGACAACAGAAACGGAGGAGGACAGGGAUGAGGUGGUGGACCUUCUGGAGGACACGGAGGACGAGAAAACCGACAACUCCUCGGAUGAGACCGAGGAUUCUGACGUUGACGACGACAAAAACUACAACGCUAAAGGGCACGUCAUUAAUACCAUCAGUGAUGUGGAGGAAAGCUUGCUAGAGGAGGAGCCUGUAGACAUUGAGACUGUGGAGGACAAUGCAAUGAAUAACACCACUCCACAAUUGAAGCACUGGGACUUGCACAACAAAUAUGAGAGACAGCGCUGUGCUGAGUUUCGGAAGAGCUUUAAAGCCCUGAUAGAGACUUUGGACCUUGGCAACCCGGCACCUACUAAUGUUUUCAUCCUUGGGCAGGCCCGAAAACAAGUCAUUGACCUGAGAGACAAAUGUGAACGCCUGGAAAAACUGAAGAGUGCGCUGACCGAAGAACGAGCUGCUUAUAUCAAGAAAAUCUCCCAAAAAUCUGGAAAGACGGAGGAGCUCAUCCUCAGGAAGCUUCAGGACAUCUCUACCAAACAGAAGAACAUGGACGUGAUGUUCAAAGGGAAGCGGAGAGGGGCGUCCUCAGCCCCCUCGUCAUCAGUCCUACCCAAUAAAGCCAUCUCACCCAACAGCACUCAACAGCCUAAGCCAAAAUCCCUGGCUCCCGGUCUCAAGUUAAAGGUGGUACCCACCCCUGUCCCACGCUCUAUACCCCCACAGCCUGCACCCCAACAACCCAAGACAAGUCCCAUCAUCUCCCCACCCUCCAGGAAACCCCCCCCAACGUGUCGUUCUCCGGGUGAAAGGACAAGACCUAACAUCCUGUCUCGCAGGAAACCACAACCUCCCCUAGAUUCCCCACCUGUUCAUGCUGGGUUUCUCCCUCCUCAAAUGCUGUCUAUAGUGGGUGGAGUGAUACCAUCUCAGCAGGGGAUCACUAAGAGCCCAAUGCAGCCUGCCAGUUCUCUGCUGCCGGUAGGACGCGUCACUGGAAUCGAAAUGCAACAGUCUCUAAUACCAGGUGUCGCUUCAGUUACCAUCUGUAUCCCCUCAAUGUCACAACCCAUUUCUCUCACUCCACCUCGUAAUAUCCUCAACAGGGGAGUUCCUCAUAUAGCCAAUGUGAUUUCACUGGUCAAAGCCCCUCCAGGUGUGUCAGGGGGAACUCUGAGGAGGCCAUCUCCAGUGAAGGGUAAGGGAAGUGGGCUGGAGGACGGGGCGGUGCUGGGGAAGCAGCUGGACCACUCUGGAGACGGUGUAAAGAUCAUCGACGCAGACAGGAACUCGGAUGAGGAGGACGAAGACAACGAAGAAGGUGACGUUGAAGACGAGAGUCUGACGUCUCUCCUCAACGAGAUCGUCUUCCUCAACCAGCAGAUGACCACAGACAACGUCAGCCCCAGUGGUCUUCCAGUGGUCACCCACAAACCAGCCACUGAGCCUGGGGAGGUUGGGAUGGACCGGUCCUCACCUCCACCACCGCAGGCAGAGAAGGAAAUCAUCAGAGAUGGAGAUGACGAGCGCUCCCUCAGCCCCUUGUUUCUGAGACUUGACGAGGACCUUCUGGGGCUGAAAGAGAGACAAGGCCAGGAUGAGGCUUCCAAAGGCCCAGACAUGCCAGUGCCACAGGCAGAGGACCUUAAAGUGGGUUCUGGAUCCAAUGAGAAACCAUCAGAGACAGGUUCUGCUCCUGCUCCGAUUGUCAAUGGGCACAGCCCACAAGGACCAGCAUGCACUGCAAAAGGUCACGGUGUACUUCAAAAGGCGCUGACCCCGCCUCCGCUGCUGCAGAUGAAAGUUGGCGUGGCCAAGGUGCUGGAGUCCAAUGAUAAGCCGGGGGAUGCUUUAGCCCCGCCCCCGCUACUGCAGAUGAGGCCAAUGCCGAGGCUAGCCCCACUAGGACUAAAGAACAACCCUCAGACGUAGAACUAAGUACUAACUAACUUAGGGUCAAUGUUGUAGCCAUCUCUCCUCAAGACCCUUACUCACAUGGGUCGUAAUCAUUUGUCACCAAAUUGACAAAAACUGACUGAAACAGGGUUGGACUACUACCUGAACUUGUCCAAUAAGAAAUGUUCAUUUUUGUUUUUCUGUUGCAAAAAGUUUUGCCACGGUGUGCUGUAAUAAAUAUGACCCUUAUGUGGCUCAACCAAUCAGGGAUAACUACAUUUAAAGGUACAAUGUAGCCGUUUUUAUCUCUGUCAAAUCAUUUCUUGGUAACAAUUAAGUAGCUUACAAUGAUUGUUUUCAGUUAACAUGGUCAAAAAUAGUUUCUUAGCAAAGAACAAUUUCUUAUGCAAAUUUGCUAGGGGAAAACGAGCGGUUAUUGGUGUAUUAACUUAUUUAUUGCCUGGUGACGUCACCAGGCAGGCCAAAACCCCAUCCCACCAAAAUGGGUAGAAAUGUAUUUUCAAACCACUUACACUAAAAGCGCAUGAUCACAAUUUCACAGUAUUAAUCCAACCUCAUAGUGUGUAAAUAUAUCUAAAACACAGGGCCUUUGAGAUCCUUGUAAAAAAAAACAGUUUUUAUUUAAUUAGUUUUCUGCACAUUUGUUUUGUUUUAUAAGCGGCACUACCUAACGUGCCUAUCGGAUAUCCAAAGAUGUUUGUUUGUAUCGAUAUAUACAGUAUAUUGACUUGAAAUGCAAAGACUGACAUGACACUGUUCUGACAGUCAGGAGUCAUGUUUUUCUCUUCAAAUUAGUGGAUUCUGCUAUUUCAGCCACACCAGUUGGUGACAAGAGUAUAAAAUCGAGCACACCGCCAUGCAAUCUCCAUAGACAAACAUUGGCAGUAGAAUGGCCUUAAGAGCUCAGUGACUUUCAACGUGGCACCGUCAUAGGAUGCCACCUUUCCAACAAGUCAGUUUGUCAAAUUGCUGCCCUGCUAGAGCUGCCCCAGUCAACUAAGUGCUGUUGUUGUGAAGUGGUAACUUCUAGGAGCAACAAUGGCUCAGCUACGAAGUGGUAGGCCACACAAGAUCAAAACAGGACCGCUGAAGCGCGUAAAAAUAAUCAGUCCUCGGCUACAACACUCACUACUGAGUUCCGAACUGCGUCUGAAAGCAACGUCAGCACAAUAACUGUUUGUUGGGAGCUUCAUAGAAUUAGUUUCCAUGGCGGAGCAGCCACACCCCAACCAAAGAUCACCAUGCGCAAUGCCAAGCGUCGGCUGGCUGGAGUGGUGUAAAGCUCGCCGCAAUUUGACUGCAGCAGUGGAAACGCAUUCUCUGGAGUGAUGAAUCAUGCUUCACCAUCUGGCAGUCCGACGGACUAAUCUGUGUUUGGCGGAUGCCAGGAGAAGGCUACCUGCCCCAAUGCGUAGUUUGGUGGAGGAGGAAUAGUAGUCUGGGGUUGUUUUUCAUGGUUCGGGCUAGGCUCCUUAGUUCCAGUCAAGGUAAAUCUUAUCGCUACAGCAUAUAAUGACAUUCUUCUGUGCUUCCAACUUUGUGGCAACAGUUUGGGGAAGGCCCUUUCCUGUUUCAGCAUGACAAUGCCCUUGUGCACAAAGCAAGGUCCAUACAGAAAUGGUUUGUCGAUUGGUGUGGAAGAACUUUACUAGCCUGCACAGAGCCUUGACCUCAACCCCAUCGAACACCUUUGGGAUGAAUUGGAACGCCGACUGCGAGGCAGGCCUAAUCGCGUGACAUCAGUGCCCGACCUCACAAAUGCUCGUGGCUGAUUGAAAGAAAGUCCCUGCAGCAAUGUUCCAAUAUCUAGUUCGGCUCCUGAGUGGCGCAGCGGUCUAAGGCACUGCAACUUCGUGCAAGAGGCGUCACAUCCGACCGUGGUUGGAAGCCCCACAGGGCGGCUCACAAUUGUCCCAGCGUUGUCCGGGUUUGGCCGGCGUAGGCCGUCAUUGUAAAUAAGAAUUUGUUCUUAACUGACUUGCCUCGUUAAAUAAAGGUUACAUUAAAAAAUAUAUAUAUAUAUAUAUAUAAAAAAAUAAAGCCUUCUCAGAAGAGUGGAGGCUGUUAAUGCAGCAAAGUGGGGACCAACUCCAUAUUACUGGCCAUGAUUUUGGAAUGAGAUGUUCGACGAGCAGGUGUCCACAUACUUUUGGUCAUGUAGUGUAUGAGGGUAUGUAGGAGAGCAUGUAUAUGCAUACUUAUAAGGGUUAAGGUAUGUUUGUUAUUUUGGUCACGUAGUGUAUCUAGAAUCAGUUUAGCCUUUUAGAUCGUAAGGAAUAAGCUUACAAGGAUCUGACGCUUAAAAACGGGCCCAGAUCUGUUGCUUUUCUUUCCCUUAUUUUUAAGAGGAGAUGCAGUGAAUUUCGCGUAAUAUUAAGCUACCAGGAACUCUACAUUUUAAGGGUGUCCAGUAUGUUCUGGUUUUAGAGUAUAUCUCUCCCAUCAGAGCAAGAUGAUCUGUAGACAGACAUCUGAUAGUGCUGAUGCUGUUUGUGUUCAUAGUACUAUACUGUUGAGUGUAUAUGACUGUUUCAGAGGCCCUGUCUCCAUAUUGGAGUAGAGUAGGCCCUGUCUGCCAUAUCUUCGUGUUUGAUGCAAGGAAAGUUCUCGGUCGUAGUGAAUUAAGCCUUAAAGGUUAAGGGACAUUUCAUCUGCUUUUGUAUGGCACACUGUUUGCUACACUAACCACUGCGUGCACCGCAGACAACAAAUCUCAACGUCAACUUAAUAAGCAAUAUCCUAAUAGGUCCCUGUAGGAUGGAUAGGUCAUUGAAUCUGCAGUCCUUGUGACCUUUCGAAGAGCAGCUUUACUUGUUCAGUGAUGUAUGUAAUAAUCAGACCCUGACGUUCACUAUAUAAUAGGAGUAGAGAUGGCCGUCCCAAAUGCCACACUAUUCCCAAUAUAGUGCACUACUUUUGGUCAAAAAUAGUGCACUUUAUAGGGAAUAGGGUGCCAUUUGAGGGGAAAUGUAUUCGAUGUUAAAUUGGGGGAAAUACAUUUGCUGUAAUUAUUUUUAUGCUGCUAAGAGGUAAGCUUGCAGAAUUAAAAGCCAACCAACCCUCUUGUUAAACAGCAUCAAUACUUUUUUGCUAGAAGCAUGAAGUGUAGAUUUAAUUUCUGUAUAAAGUAUAAAAUACAUGUUUUUAUAAUAAUAGGCCAUGUAAAUAAUUACUUUUUUUCCACUUUUACGACUGUUUUUUUCUUCUGAUUAAUGGAGUUGUUUUUGUAAAGGUAUUUCUGAUAUUUUUAUAUGGUGUCAAUAACCGUUAUGUUUAGGAUGUUGGAAUAAGAGAAAUGAAGACGCCUUGAAAUAAAAUCUAACAAUGAA